CCGUCAACGUGGGUCUCUCCAAGCCGAUAUAUUCAGCUGUCCUUGUUCAAACAUCCUUCAGGCAGAAAAGGCAUCGCUUCUGAGCGACACUCGUUCUUCCGGCUCCAGCCUGAAUUAAGAGUCAAGAAUGGCACCAGCUAAAAAGGGCACCAAAGAUUUAGAGCUGCUGAAACGUGAAUUGGAGUUGGAUGAGCACCGUAUUCCCCUCGAAGAUCUCUACCGUCGUAUGAAAUGCGAUCCCGUUAAGGGUCUGACUUCGGCUCAAGCCAAAUCCAACUACGAACGUGAUGGUCCUAAUGCCCUGACGCCUCCCAAGACAACUCCGGAAUGGGUCAAAUUCUGCAACCAGCUCUUCGGUGGUUUCUCAAUGCUCUUGUGGAUCGGUGCCGUCCUCUGCUAUAUUGCCUACACUAUUGAAUUCAGCAAGAAUCCCGAUAUUCUCGGUGAUAAUUUGUACCUGGGUAUCGUACUGACGACUGUCGUAGUUGUGACGGGUGUCUUCUCGUACCUACAAGAGAGAAAGAGUAGCAAAAUCAUGGAGUCGUUUAAGAAUUUGGUCCCUCAAUUCGCUUUGGUCAUCCGCGAUGGACAAAAAGUUACCAUGAAGGCUGAACAGCUCACUGUUGGUGAUUUGGUGGAAGUCAAAUUUGGUGACCGCAUUCCGGCCGACAUCCGUGUCUUGGAAGGACAUCAAUUCAAAGUCGAUAACUCUUCACUAACGGGAGAAUCCGAACCCCAAAGCCGCAGUCCUGAAUUCACCAAUGACAACCCUCUAGAAACCAAAAAUUUAGCUUUCUUUUCGACCAACGCAGUUGAAGGAACUGCUCGGGGAAUCGUAGUCAACAUCGGAGACAACACCGUGAUGGGUCGUAUCGCUGGAUUGGCUUCCGGUUUGGAGACGGGCAAAACUCCAAUUGCUCGCGAGAUCGAGCAUUUCAUCCACAUUAUCACCGGAGUAGCCGUGUUUUUGGGCGUGUCUUUUUUCAUCAUCGCUUUGGUUUUGGGUUACAAUUGGCUCGAAGCUGUUAUCUUUUUGAUCGGUAUCAUCGUAGCUAACGUACCUGAGGGACUGUUGGCAACUGUCACUGUCUGUCUAACACUGACGGCCAAGCGCAUGGCUAAGAAGAAUUGUUUGGUCAAGAACUUGGAAGCCGUCGAGACCCUGGGAUCCACUUCGACUAUUUGCUCAGACAAAACCGGAACUCUGACACAAAACCGCAUGACAGUCUCUCACAUGUGGUUCGACAACAAAAUCAUCGAAGCCGACACCACCGAAAAUCAAUCCGGUGCCCAAUACGACAAGACGAGUUCCGGUUGGAAAGCUUUGUCCCGUGUCGCUUGUCUGUGCAGUCGAGCUGAAUUCGCAAGCGGACAACAAGGAGUUUCCGUUAUGCAACGUGAUGUUAACGGAGACGCUUCCGAAGCCGCUUUGCUCAAAUGUGUCCAAUUAGCCACUGGCGAAGCUAUGGCCAUCCGGGCACGAAAUGCAAAAGUUUGCGAAAUUCCAUUCAAUUCAAUGAACAAGUAUCAAGUGUCCAUUCACGAGAACGAAGACAAGAAAGAUGGCCGGUAUUUCUUGGCCAUGAAAGGCGCUCCGGAGAGAAUCCUUGAUCUUUGCACGACCAUUUACAUUAACGGACAGGACAGACCGAUGGAUAAUGAAAUGAAAGAAGCUUUUAACUCGGCCUACAUGGAUCUUGGCGGAUUGGGCGAACGUGUUCUUGGUUUCUGCGAUCUACAUUUGCCACUCGACCAAUUUUCUAAAGGAUACCAUUUCGACGUUGAUGAGGUCAACUUUCCCAUUAGUGGACUCCGUUUUGUCGGAUUAAUUUCCAUGAUUGAUCCGCCCAGAGCUGCUGUUCCCGACGCCGUAGCCAAAUGCCGUUCAGCCGGAAUCAAAGUUAUCAUGGUUACUGGUGAUCACCCGAUCACUGCCAAGGCUAUUGCACGAUCCGUCGGAAUUAUUUCCCACGACAGUGAGACAGCUGAGGAGCUCGCCGUCCGUUUGAAUGUGCCGCUAAAUAAGGUUAACUAUCGCGACGCCACUGCCGCUGUUAUCACCGGUUCAGAUUUGCGUGAUAUGAGUGCCGAUGAACUCGACAAGGUCCUAUGUCAUCAUUCCGAAAUCGUUUUCGCUCGUACCUCUCCCCAACAAAAGCUCAUCAUCGUCGAAGGUUGCCAACGUGCCGGUGCCAUUGUGGCCGUCACAGGCGAUGGUGUUAACGAUUCGCCAGCCUUGAAGAAAGCUGAUAUCGGUGUGGCCAUGGGUAUUGCUGGCUCUGAUGUCUCUAAACAAGCCGCCGACAUGAUUUUGCUCGACGAUAAUUUUGCUUCGAUCGUAACUGGAGUCGAAGAAGGCCGGCUGAUUUUCGACAAUUUGAAAAAAUCCAUCGCGUACACUUUAACUUCUAACAUCCCUGAAAUCUCGCCGUUCUUAAUCUUCAUUUUAGCCGAUAUUCCUCUUCCUCUGGGUACCGUUACAAUUCUCUGCAUCGAUCUCGGAACCGACAUGGUUCCAGCCAUCUCACUGGCUUACGAAAAGGCCGAAGCAGACAUCAUGAAGCGACGCCCACGUAACCCUAAGACAGAUAAACUCGUUAACGAUAGGUUGAUUUCCAUGGCUUACGGUCAAGUUGGUAUGAUGCAAGCGUCGGCUGGUUUCUUCACCUACUUUGUGAUCAUGGCCGAAAACGGUUUCUGGCCGAAGUAUCUCUUUGGCAUCCGUAGACAAUGGGACUCGAAGGCCAUCAACGAUCUCCCAGAUUCUUACGGACAAGAAUGGACUUACGAUAACCGAAAGCAAUUAGAGUACACUUGCCACACGGCCUUCUUCGUUGCGAUCGUAGUCGUCCAAUGGGCCGAUUUGAUCAUUUGCAAAACCAGACGCAAUUCGCUGUUCCAGCAGGGCAUGCGCAAUCACGUUCUCACUUUCGGUCUCUUCUUUGAGACAGCCGUCGCUUGCCUCCUCUCCUACACUCCCGGCAUGGACAAAGGUCUUCGCAUGUACCCACUCAAACUGAACUGGUGGGUACCAGCCAUGCCAUUCUCCGUCUUGAUUUUCGUUUAUGACGAGAUCCGUAAGCUCAUCCUUAGACAUCACCCUGGUGGUUGGUUAGAGAAGGAGACCUACUACUAAAGUCUAUUCGCAAGACGACUAAAAAAAAACUGGUCGAAAUGCGUUGACGUUGGAUGAGCUGAAAGUUAAAAUAAAAAUGUGUCUUUUACAUAACACAGCCAUUUUAAGCAAUUGUUAUCGAUUUUAAUCAUUAAUUAUCGGUAAGUACAUGUAAAGACUUGGAUUGAAGCUGUUAAUCAUCUAAAGCCAAAAUCGCACAUAGUAAUAAUCACGAUCACAAUUGCCAUAACCAAGUCCUGUUUAACAAUACAUUUUGGUUAAAAUAGUUAUA